AUGACUGUGGAACUUGGCCGAGGCCCCAUGAGGGUGGCAAGAAGGGGAGAAUUCGCCCAGUUUGUCAGGAUCAAUGUUGUCGCUGCCUGGAUCGAGCUGGGCCAGCCGUUGUUCGUGAGUGUGACGCCUCCAAGAGGCCAUCACGCGGGAGUCAAGCGCGUGCCAGGGGGAGCUCACCCGCGAGACCAGCCCCACGGGGCCGUUGACUCCUCGGCAUGGAGUGCCGGGCGAUGCCGUCACGCCUGCACUGAGAGGGCUGAAAUGACGGGCCAGCAGCAACGUAGGAUCCUACCCAGGGGCAACCAAGCUUUCAGCCAAGACCCAGGAAUCGACAGGGCAUGA